AUGAGGAAUGGGGCCUGUAACCAUGGACUAUGUGUCAAGCGGGGACUCUCCCUGACUUCAUGGUGCAUCAAUUUCUCUUGGCUCUGUAUGACCGGCCCUACGAUGGCAUCGUGGGGCGAGUCGAGCGAUUUCUAUGACACACCGUGUCUCCACCGCGUCGGCCCUGAGCCCCCACGUGAUGUGGGUGUCUUCGAUCCCGUGAUGGCCUCCUGUUGCGGUAAAGCGUUGCGGCCUUGGAGAUUCGGGGCUGAUACCACCGGACUGCAUUUCGCCCUUGUUCAGCUUGGUGUGGUCGUCAGAUGA